AUGGCAGCCCAACAAGGGAAAGCAACAGAUCACUGGUCUUCCGAGGCCUACGCCGCCUCCGCCUCCUUCGUCCCCGCCCUCACCACCACCGUCCUCAAGCUCCUCGCACCAGAGCCUACCGACCGCAUCCUCGAUCUCGGCUGCGGCGACGGCAUCCUGACCUCCCGUAUCGCUGCCCUCGUUCCCGGCGGCUCCAUCCUCGGUCUCGACGCUUCCGCCUCCAUGAUCACCACCGCCGCCAACUCCUAUGCCGCCCCCAACUGCACCUUCAGUCUCCAGGACUGCACCACCAUCUCCGCCGAGGCCCCCGAGCUCUGUCGAGGCGAAUUCGAUAAAGUCUUCUCAAACGCCGCUCUCCACUGGAUCUUGCGCUCCCCUUCCACCCGCAAGACCGUCCUCGCCGACGCCCUCGCGGCCCUCAAGCCCGGCGGAACCUUUGUCUUCGAGCUCGGCGGCGCCGGCAACGUCGGAGAAGUUCACGCCGCCCUCAUCGCCGCGCUCGUGCAUUUCGGCGUCCCGCUCGCCGAUGCGCAGGCCGCGAGUCCGUGGUUCUUCCCCUCGGAGACGUGGAUGCGCGAUGCGUUGAUGGAGGUCGGGUUCGUGGUUGAGAGGCUGGAGAGCGAGUAUAGGCCUACGAGGUUGACGGAGGGGGAGGGUGGGGGGUUGGAGGGGUGGGUCAGGUUGAUGGGGGCGGGGUUUUUGGAGGCUGUGGAGGAGGAGAGGAGGCAGGAGGUUGUGGGGUGGGUGGUGCGUGUGUUGGGGAGUGUGGUGAGGAGGGAGGAGGAUGGGAGUGCGUGGCUUGGGUAUGUGAGGUUGAGGGGGGUGGCGAGGAGGCCGGUGUGA